AUGGAUAGCUUUUUAAAAAAAGAUCCGAGUAUAGUUGCACCAAUUACAAGUGACUCAAUUUAUGGGAUUAAGCGUAAAGAACAAAAGAAUGCUGAAGAACAAAUCGAAGAGAAUGACUCUAGACAACAAAAAAAAGCACGUUCUGAAGAAAAAAAAAUAAAUAUAGAAGAGAUUCGAACUCUUAUUAAAGAACAGACUGAUACUAUUGCUGAAAUUAUGAAAGAACAAUAUAUUUAUGCUUCUGAAGUUCAGCAAAAACAGCACAAUGAACAAAUAGAACUAUUUAAAAUGUUUUUAACGAAAUUUUAA